AUGGAAUAUGUUGUUUCCUCCAAUAGAGAUGGCGUCUUGACACUUUUGGGUUAUAAUUUGUAUCCGCCCAAAACGUGCCCAUCGGACAAUUGGAUGCGACAACUGAGCCGUAAAAUGAAGGAAUCACUACAGAGCACAGAGAUACAAACGGACGACUUAGACAUUUUGGCAAUCGAUACGUACAAAUGUGUAACUGUUGCCUGCUCAACGACUCCACAGCUUGCGUGA